AUGUUCAUAGCAGCAGUAGCAAGACCAAGGUGGGGACAAGAUGGGCAGUGUGAGUUUGAUGGCAAGCUAGGUAUAUUUCCAUUCACAGAUGCAGUAGCAUCAAAGAGAACUUCCAAAAACAGAGUGAAGGGGACAAUUGAGACAAAACCAAUUAAGUCAGUUAAUCAAAUUGCAACAAGGGCCAUGCUAAUCAACUAUUUAAUCCCAACGAUUAAAGAGAAAUGGCCACCACAUGAGGGGGAAAAGGUGAUCUACAUCAUUCAAGAUAAUGCAAAGGCACACAUUUUACAAUCUGAUUCAGAAUGGCAGCAACACUACAAGCAAGAUGGAUUUACAUUGAUAUUGACACAACAACCAGCAAAUAGUUCAGAUUGCAACAUCUUGGACUUGGGGUUUUUCAGGUCAAUACAAUCACUCAUGCACAAAAAGAUGCCCAAAACAGUGGAAGAUUUAAGUGGUGCAGUGACUGAUUCAUUUAAUGAAUUGCAUCCAAAGACUCUUUCUAAUGUGUGGAUGACACUGCAAUUUGUUGGGAAUGAAAUACUAAAGCACAAGGGCAACAAUGACUACCAACUUCCACACAACAAGAAGAAAAUUUUAGAAGAUGAUGGCAAUCUGCCAGAAUAA